AUGUCUGGGUGUCCGGUGAAUGUCCCAUCCAGCGUGGCCGAGGCGUCCCCAGCCCGCACCAUCAGUGGCCUGCGAUGGGCCCUUGUCUGCACAUCUCUGUACAUAUCCAUCUUUAUCUACGGACUGGACACCACCAUUGCUGCCGAUGUCCAAGGGUCUGUUGUCGAAGCUUUUGGCCAUGUCGAACAGCUCGCUUGGAUCGGUGCGGGUUUCCCGCUCGGAUCUGUCUCCGUUAUCCUGCUCAGUGGUGUUGUGUACACGACCUUCAAUAUGAAAUGGGCGUUUGUUGCCUCUCUGGUCGUGUUUGAAGUCGGCUCUGCCAUUUGCGGUGCCGCUCCCAGCAUGUCCGCUCUGAUUGUCGGACGUGUUAUAGCAGGUGCUGGUGGUAGUGGCGUCUUCAUGGGCUGCCUGAAUUACUUUUCCUGUCUGACCACCCCCGAAGAGCGAGGUCGCUACAUCACCGGCACUGGCUUUUUCUGGGGCAUCGGAGCCGUCCUUGGUCCUGUUGUUGGUGGCUCCUUUGUCGAAUCUAGCGCUACGUGGAGGUGGGCCUUCUAUAUCAACUUGAUCAUCGGCGCAGCCUUUGGCCCAGUCUAUCUUUUUGGGCUGCCAUCCUUUCACCCGGUUACCGACGUUUCGGUUUUGGAACGUGUCAAGAAAAUCGAUUUCAUGGGAUUACUCCUCGGUGCUGGAGUCUGGGUGUCUUUCACAAUGGCCUUCACGAUGGCAGGUGGCCAGUGGCCUUGGAACGACGGUCGCACUAUUGCCACAAUAGUAGCAUUCGUUGUCGUCCUGGUCAUUUUCGCCAUUCAGCAAACCUUUUCCAUCUUCACUACCCCGGAGACGCGGUCCUUUCCCAUCCAUCUUCUCCAAUCUAGAUCUCAGAUCCUCCUCUAUAUUGGCACCGCAUCCAACAUCACUUCCUUAUUUGUUAUUGUCUACUUCAUACCCAUCUAUUUUCAGUUUGUACAUGGCGACUCAGCCCUUCGAGCGGCCAUCCGGCUCUUGCCAUUCGUUGUCGUCACUGUUUGUUUCAAUCUCGGUACCGGACACCUGCUUUCCAAGAUCAAGCACUAUAUGCCUAUCUUUGUUGCAUCGGGUGCAUUUAUAACUCUUGGAAGCGCUCUUCUCACUGCAUACCUUGAUCCUGCUACACCUUCAAGCUACAUCUAUGGGUUCACUAUUAUCACGGCAGUCGGUACUGGCCUGACACUGCAGAUCGGAUAUGUUGUCGCAACUCUGAAAGCGCCCGAGCAUAUGGGUGAUGCCCUGGCCCUCCAGAAUGUGGCCCAACUUGGCGGUACGGUCAUCGCGCUUGUCAUUGCCGGUCAGGUCUUCCAGUCUGCUGCUAUUGCGAACCUAACAAAGGUCCUGGCAGGCACGGGUUACACCCGUGUCGAUAUUCAGAGCGCCGUUGCUGGUGCCCAGAGUCGCAUUUUUGAAGAAAUCAGUGGACCACUCAGAGAUCAAGCUGUCUUGGCCAUUACUCAAGCCAUGCAGAGGUCUCUCAUUCUCGUCUGCGUUGGUGGUGGCGUCCUCACAAUCAGUGGUCUCCUCAUGAAGCGCGAGAAACUCUUUUGAGAGAUUGUCUAGGCUGACGUGUAAGCCAGCGCUUUUCUUUGUGCUUCAAUAGUGAGGUGCACUAUAGUUAGUUAUUGGGUUUCAUGAACAACAUGUCAUGGUCAACUAUUUUCUUCGAAACUUGAAUGGGCUUUUGUGUUAUUAGAUAUUGUGGACGUUGGGGUUCUCACUGCGGUCUGCAUCGUUAUUAUUUCCACUGGUAAUGGAUUAAUUCCUCACUCUCUACAUAGUUUUACAU